AGCUUCAGUGACUGGCAAAUACCAGUGACUGCUCUUGACUCGAUAGUUUUAAAUCAUUAAUCAUCAAGAAAUUUGCGUGGACAUCAAUUUUUUUUCUUUUUGCUUUCUUUUGCUUUUUCACCCUUUUUUUUUCUUUUUCUUUUUGAUGGUUUAGAUUUAACUUUGACUCUGCUAACACUCUCUAACACUGUCUAAAACUGGUCCAAGUCUAGACACAAACUCAUAUUUACUACUUUAAUCCUUAUCGGUUUUCAAAGUAUAAUCAAUUUGCAUUGGUAAAAAUGGACAGUGGACUUGUUUGUGCUGGAAAACAGCUUCUCCAUGUGGACAUCUAUAUUGAUGAACACCAACCUUCUAGAGGAAUCCUGGCUCUUUUGAGCAGACUUCGUCCCAACUGGAAGGCACAAGACAUUCAAAUGAAGACAUUCACAGAAGGCAUCACCAACCAGCUUAUUGGCUGCUACGUGGGCUCUCUCCUGGAGCCUGGUUGUGUCUUGGUGCGACUAUAUGGCAAAAUGACAGAGCUCUACGUGAACAGGGACCAUGAAGUGGAGAUGUUUCAGAUCCUCCACGCACACAGAUGUGGUCCUGAAAUUUACUGCAGCUUCCAGAAUGGCAUCUGCUACGAGUUUGUAAGAGGAACUGUGCUGGAUGAUAAACUGCUUCGGCAGCCGUCUAUCUACAGAUUGAUCGCCACAGAGAUGGGGAAAAUCCAUUCGAUCCAGCCAAAAUCCGGUCGGCCAGUCAAACCUGUGCUGUGGACAAAAAUGUCUCAUUUCCUCAAACUAGUGCAGAGCAGUGUCAGCAGCAGUCCAGCUGGGCAGUGGUACAUAGGCAGUUCUGCAGAUCUACAAAAGGUGCCCAGCUUUAAGACUUUGUCACAGGAAAUGGAGUCACUGAAGAGACACCUCUCUCAGAUUGACUCGCCAACUGUCCUCUGCCACAACGACCUCCUGACAAAGAACAUCAUCUACAAUGAAAAAGAGGGAAUGGUGAAAUUCAUUGACUACGAGUACGCCGAUUAUAACUACCAGGCCUUCGAUAUCGGCAAUCACUUCAAUGAAUUUGCUGGUGUGAAUGAUGUUAACUAUGACCUCUACCCGAGCUGGGAGCUGCAGAGGGACUGGCUGACGGCCUAUCUGGAGAGUUACAAGCACAGCACUGGACGUGAGGUCAAAGUCACGGAGGCAGAAGUUACGCAGCUCUACAUUCAAGUCUGCAAAUUCUCUCUUGCAUCCAGCUUCCUCUGGGGUCUUUGGGCCAUCCUGCAAUCACGUUUCUCCUCGAUUGACUUUGACUUCCAAAGGUUUGUCCAACGUCUGACAAAGACAUUUAAAACUCCCACAACUCAAAGUAUCACUCUGCAUAAACAAUGCUCAAGUUUCCUAAAAUGUCCUGGGUGAGAUGUCCCAUCCAUCAAAAACAUGUUGAGUUCAUUAGUAUUUAAAUUGAUGUUCUAAUUAUGUUAAGUGACACCUUCACAUUAAAACACUCUCAGUAAAUGUUUAAUAAAGGAACCCAUGUAACCGCAAAUAAGAAUUAUUACUUCACUGCAGUUUUUUUUCAGCAGUUAAUGUCAUCAUCCAUCACUUGAAAUACUCUAAAAAAGAAAAAUAUUUAUAGGACAUUGAAUUUAGGCUCUUGGUAUAUUACUGCAAUGUUUAGACAAGCAGGAUCUUCAUUAGAAAGGAAUGACAAAGAAUUUGUUGGCAGACAAACUGCAAAAAAAAAAAAGCGGUUUAAAAACCUAAGCCUAGAAUAUAGAAAUAUUUCAUUCUCCCCCCAAUGCUUCAAGUCUUUGUGUAUUUAAAAUCUGGCAUAAAAAACAGGCGAGACAAACACACUUCUUCUACUCUUCAUGUCACAGACAAAAUAUUUACACAUGAAAUUCUCUGCUUUUCUUCACUGAUAAGCCGCAACAUCAUAAGAUGAAAGCCUCGGUUUUCACAAAGACUUUCAAAGGAGAUCAAAACUAACGUCUUUUAUUUUUAACAGUGAUCACCAUUGAGGACUAGUUAUCUUAAACAAGUCCAGGAGACAUUCCUCACCAGCAGCAGCACUCAGACAGUUCAGGAAGGCAAAAUGUUUCCCUCAACCCCCACUUUUUUUCUGCCUUUCUCCUUUUUCUGCAUGCCCCACACCCACAACAGUUGUGAUCAUGAUCCUAAUCACUAUUGACACACGGCACCCUCCCCUCUGUGUGGCUUUUUCUACUCACUUGCAAGAUCAGCGACAGGGCCCCCACCUCAUUUCAAUCUGGACCUUGGAGGAAAUGUGAUCCAGAGGGGUGCUGAGGCACAGAGGCACUAUUGUUCCAGUGCCGUCGUUCCUGCCUUACAUAUACAUCUCUCAUCCCUGGCUGGGCCACAUGUGCCUGCUGAACGUCUACUCCUUUAAGCUACCGGCUGAGGUUGUCCUAAAGUGGAUGGUGAGGGUUGGGUUACCUUUCUUUAACUGGAGGGUUAAACUGAAAUGAGCUCUGAGAGCAACAACAACAACGGAGAACCAAGUCUAAUGUUUAAAAGCAGGAGGCUACUAUCUAGCUAACCUCUGCCCCACGCCCAUCCCUGUCAUGCAAGACACAUUCAUGCACUUAAGCCUCCCUUUCAGGCAAGAGAUACAUAACAUCGCUGGCUUCAUCGAUCUGUUAAAGUGACAACAUUAUUACAUUCAGACAUAGGUAACCUUAGUGCAGACAUACAUACAACAGACAACAUCAGUAACUGUGCAAUUUUUGUACAAUACAUGCAAAUGAGUUUUGCUCUUCAAGAAGAAAAAGAUAAGAAACUAUUUAAACCUUGAGUUGUUGCAUGGGUGUGCAUACUUGUCUGUGUUGUGUGUGUAAUUUCUCCCACUGCUAUCCCCCUGAGCCAAAUCUCCAAUAACUUCCCAACGAGUGACAGGCGUCACCCAGGCCUUGUGCUCUAACCAGAGCCAGAUGUAGAUGUGACAAUAGGGAGCCACAAGGGGAACGCAAACCCGCCCUCCUUUUACCAUCCAUAUUUACUUUUCUUAUAUGGUUUUUUUCAUGUGUUGAAAGUGUCUGCAAGUCAGCAGUCUAGAUUUGUGGACGUGCUGGCAAGGCGAGCUGUUAUUUGACAAAGACAUUAUUAUAAGGAAAUGAACAAGGAGGAGGCCCACUGUUUGGAAUAGCUUGACUACAAAAUUGAGGGAAUUGUGCACAAAAGCACAUUGUGAAAUGGAAUACCUGCAUUGGCAGGAGAUCAUUUUCCCCUACUCUUGCUAAAUACAAAAAAGCCUCCAUUCAUUUCUGAUGAAGAUAAACAUUAAGUAUGCUAGUCUUAGGUGUCACCCUUAAUAAAAAUAGGGAUAAAUGGGAUUGUCUGUGAAGCUUGCUGUUCUUAUAGGAGGGUGUCCUCAAAUAGAUUUUACCUGUGGAGGGUGUAAUAGGCAAUUAAUAGAAUAAACUACAGGGUGGGGUUGAGGUGUGUGUGUGUUAAAUUAGCUGAUAGUGAAGCUAUUUUGACUUUUUACAUUACUUGGUAGGAAUCUAUCAAACUCUGUACUAAACUGAAGAAUAACACAGAUUUUUUAUUAAGUUGCUUUUUCUUUACUGGAUUUUGUUGGGGAAAAUCACAAGUGUGGAUAAAAACAAGAAACUGCUGCCUGGAAUUCUUUAUCGAGGAAUGUUUUGUAUAGGAAUGGUAAGCGAUUCAAUAAGAGAGCAAUUAGUGUUUAAGUAUUCUGUCAGUCUAUAUGUCUGAACUCGCCGGAUUUUUCAGAUUCACACAAUUUUCAUUUACGCACAUGCAGUGGAAUGAGUGCAUUCAAAGAAGAGCAGUGCAUACAGUGGACAUAGCAGAGAGAAAAACUAGGCCGACAUUGAUUGGAUUUGUUUCUUUUUACAAAAAACAAGUUCAGGACCACUAUAGGAAAUGAAUGGGAUUCCCCCCGAAGAAAACCUUGCUUAUCUCAGCAAGACAAUGUCAAACCACAUUCAAGAAUUACAACAGCAUGGCUCUAUAGGAAAGAGGUCUGAGUGCUGUGCAGUUACCCACUGAAAACUUUUUGUGUCAUAUGAAACAUCAAGUACGAAUGGGGGAAACAUUAGGUUAUCGACUACAUGUCUCGUGGGUUUCCAACAGCUUUGCUAAAAGUAGUGAUGAACAUGCCCGCGUUACAACUUGAGCAUGUUCCAGGAUUUGUUUUGCUGGCAUCCAAAACAUAAUCUAGUCAUUAACAAACACUGGGCAGCAGGGUUCAGUGGUGUCACCCCACAGGGAGCAUGCUAACUGCUAAUUCUAAAUUAGCUGUAUUUCAUCAUAUAAUAUAUGAAAGUCAUGUUCUGAGUCAAUUCACAGUUUAUACAGCAUCCAUAUUUGUGUGGAAAGCAACUUGUUCAUAGCUGUACAACAGCUCUACCUCCCCCACCUCCUGUAUACAGAAAAUGCUAUUGUAGCAGUCAGCAGAAUCUGAUUCUAGUGGGUCAUUAUGAAAAUAUGAAAAUGAAAAUGAUGAGCAAACACUUUAGUUUUCUGGACCAAUAAGGAUAAGGGAGGCUUCAUUCUGCUGUCUGAGUAAAUGAAAGAAGUGUCAGUUAUCAACUGUAGCACAUGACUUGCUUGAAAUUAAGUCUGUCCAGAGAAAACGCCUGUUGAGGCGCCAAACCACAGCGAGCAAAGUGAAAAUUGUCUGCUGGCCUCCGCCAAUGAUUUCUACUCCCCAAAAUUUUUUUGCAGUGGCAAAGGUUAUACACACAGUAUACCAACUAUCUCUAUCAAACAAAUACUGGUAAAUCUAAAGGUCAGCCUUCAGCAAAGCAAAAACUAAAAGAAAGGAGAAAAUGAUGAACAAAAGCAGACAAAAACCCAGGCUUUGACACAAUAAUUAGAGUGUAGCUUUACCCAGAGAUGCAGGUGGGAAAGAAUAACUAAAAGGCAUGUGACUAAAUUAUCAUUUUGUCUCACAACACAAGCGCUUGAAAACUGAUUUGGCAUUGAGGAGUUCAGUGAAAGCACUGAUUAAAGGACAAACUCCUCUCUGUGCCUAUAUUUUCUGUGCUUUUGAAACUUCACUUUAUUUCAAAGGGUAUAGUAUAAUGGCCAAGGGCAACAGCGUACUCAGACAUCAGAUUUAUUGAGGCGUUCAAUAAUAUGGUUUGAACACAAAACCACUUCUCUAGCCGUUAAAUUCUGAGAUGCGCUGAAGCUUUGGCACAGCUUUCAGGCUCAUUGCUUCAUUUGAGAGUCUUGAUGCUAUUGUUAUGCAAGAUUGACAAACAAAAACACAGUAGCCACCUAUAAACCAGACAGAAAGAGCAGCCUGUAGCGAACAGUGAAAGAUACAUUAUGGCCACAGAUAUAUACAGAGGAGGGAAGCAACAAAGUACAACUACUUUGUUUUUGGACUUCUGUAGAACUUCUAGGUAUGUGUACUUUACCUACUUUUGAGUUUUACUCCCUACAAUUUAACAGAAAUACCUCUACUUUAUACUCAUAUAUUUUCAAAUGAUGGAGUAGUCAGGACAAAAGAGAGGGGUUAAAGUGGGCUGCAGUGGUCCAGAACAGCAUCCUCAAUGUAGAUGUGAUCACUACAGCUUCUAGCUAGACUAUAGAAGAGAAAUGAGCAUAAAGGGAGCAUAAAGUGAGUAAAGUGUCAGCUAAUUUCAGCUGAACUAAUAUCAUGCAAUUUGUCACAGAGCAUGUCUGCUAGCUAAAGGUGCAGCUGCUGUAUUUCAGUGGGAGAGAAAAUAAUGUGAGAAGUUAAGUCAGAGAUGGAGAAAGACAAGACUGACAAAGACAGGACAAGAGAGUAGAAGACAGAUUUCUAUUGAAGCUAAGUCAGUGAAACCUGAUAAACUGGAAAUUUAAAGCCUACAAAUAAUGUCCACUUUCAUUUUGUGAAUAGAUGUCUGAGCUUUACACAAUUUCAAGUGAUGUUUUUUCACACUGUGAAACUUUUUACAACACAAAUUGUAAAAUGUUUGAAUAACUGUCUGUUAUUCAAAGGUUCAGUGAACAUGCUAGGCAGGCCAAACAGGUUAGUUUGCAGUGCUGUGGAGAGGUCUCAAGAGAUGGACUAAUGCAGUUGGCUGCCAUGUUCAUGGUCAAUGUUAGGUUACAUAAGGAGUAGCAGAUAUCAAAGACAGCUUAGUUGGAUGAUGCUGACUAGAUUCACUCAGCCCAACUAAUCUCAGGAUCCCCAUUCCUGCUGAAUCCCACUUUAACCCCUGAUUAUAUUCAUUUUUCUGUUUAAAUGUAGAGGCAGAACCUGCCAUUUACAAUGUAGGUAACCACAAUUAGAACUUCCUCUUUUCUGUUCUACAUAACAGAUGUUUGAGAUAUUCAUCAGACUAAGAAUUUACAGCGCUUUACAGCAGUCACAGCGCUUCACCUGAUCCACAUUUGUCACAUUUUGUUACAGCCUUGUUCCAAAAUGGAUUAAAUUCAUUUUUCAACUCAAAAUUCUACACAAAAUAUCCCAUAUUAACAAAGUGAAAAUGUCUACUUGAUAUUGUUGCAUUCAAUUAAAUGUAAAAACAAAAAUAUAAUAUGUGCUUAUGUAUUCACAACUUUUGCCAUGACACACAAAACAGGCAUGUAUCCUGUUUGCAGCUUGAUUUGAGUCUCCCUGUGGUAAAUUCAGUUGUUUGGACAUGAUUUGGAAAGGCACACACCUGUAUAUGUAAGGUCUCAAAGCUGACAGUGCAUGUCAGAGUGCAAACCAAUUCAGGACAAUGAUUUCAGCACCGCUCCACCAAUCAGGCCUGUAUGGUAGAGUGGCCAGGCAGAAGCCACUCCUCAGUAAAAGGAACAUGAAAGCCUGCAUACAGUUUGUUAAAAGGUACCUAACAGAUUCUCAGAUCAUGAAACAAAUAUUGAACUCUUUGUCCUGAAUGCCAACAGGGACACUGUCUAGUCAGGGUCAAGGGAAAGAUAAAUAUAUAGCAAUGUACAGACACAUCUUUGAUGAUGACCUGGUCCACAGUGCUCUAGACCUGUGGCAGGGGUGAAAGUUUAUCUUCCAACAGGACAAUGACCCUAAGCACACUGCCAUGACAACAAGUGUGUGACCUCAGGACCACUCGGCAAAUGCCCUUGAGUUACCUAGCCAGAGCCCAGACUUGAACCCAAUGCUGAAAAACUAUGAAAAUGGGUGUUCACUGAUGCAACCCAUUCAACCUGAUGGAGUUUCAGAGGUUCUGCCAAGCUUGUAGCAUCAAACUCAAAAAGACUUCAAUACAAAGUAUUUAACAAAGGCUUGUAAAUACUGUUUGUAUUGUCAUGUAUUUUUUACUUUUAUGUUUGGAGCACAUUUCAUGGACUGUACUGUUUCAGUUUAGUAAGAAGUUGAAUCAGUUAUUCAGCUUUUACCAGAUAAUUUUUUUAAAAGAAUCUAUAAUUAUAUUUAGUAUAUAAUCGUAUUCAUUAUAAUCUGCAU